GGAGGGCGCUGAGCUUCCCUUUAAGCGGCCGCAGACGGGAAGCCUCUCACGAACAAAUGGCGUCCCUCCAGUCGGGAGCAGCUGAUUUCUCCACCGAGCACCGCCGCGCGGACGGCGGAGAGGUAAACACACCGCCCCCGGAUUCCUUUGCAAUGAGAUAGACUCUCGCUUUUACGCCGGAUUCGCGGAGCAGUGACGGCUGGACGCUGCGGACUCCUCAGUCACCGAGAUCAGACCGCUGUUCCGGGGUGUGCAAAACAAACCCGACGCGGACAGUGUCAGCUGCAGCGUGCGCUCCCCUCCGCUGUGCGCAUUAAUCUGCGCGGGUUGUGCGGUGUUUGUCGCCGAUGGUCGUCGGCGUUAGCGUGUCACACGGGGCCGGAUCUCACGCGCUGGAGGCGACAGUAGCGGGUCAAAUGUUUCCACCCCGACGUUGGAGGGACACAUAACGAACAUGGGCAUCACCCCUUCAGAGAUCUCCUCCUCCUCCUCCUCCUCCUCCUCCUCAUCAUCAUCCUCCGCCUGACUGGUUGGCCGCUUCUUCGCUAAUCCAAUUCAGGAGAUCAUCUUGCCAACCUUUUCCUGAGGUUACACCAGCAGGACGGCGUUGUCCCAGAAAGCCAGCUCUGUGGCCGUGAAGAUGACCACGGCGCGGUACCGUCCCACCUGGGAGCUGGCCGUGGACCCCCUGGUCUCGUGUAAGCUGUGCCUUGGGGAAUUCCCUCUGGAGCAGAUGACCACCAUCACACAGUGCCAAUGUGUCUUCUGUACACUGUGCCUGAAGCAGUAUGUGGAACUCCUGAUUAAAGAAGGCCUUGAAACUGCAAUUAGCUGUCCAGACUCUGCCUGUCCCAAAAGAGGACACUUGCAGGAAAAUGAGAUUGAGUGCAUGGUGGCCACGGAGAUGAUGCAGAGAUACAAGAAGCUCCAGUUUGAAAGGGAGGUGCUGCUGGACCCAUGUCGGACGUGGUGCCCUUCCUCGACCUGCCAGGCCGUGUGCCAACUAAAGGAAGCAGAUUCUCCUGCGCCACCCCAGCUGGUCCAGUGCGCCGUUUGUGCCCUCGAGUUCUGCUCGGCCUGCAAGGCCAACUGGCACCCCGGACAGGCCUGCCAGGAGAACAACCUGCCCAUUACCUCCUACCUGCCAGGAGAAAACAGCUCUUUCUUUAAGAAUGAAGAGGAUGACGCACCAAUCAAGCGCUGUCCUAAAUGUAAAGUUUACAUUGAGAGGGACGAAGGCUGUGCACAGAUGAUGUGCAAGAACUGCAAACAUGCCUUUUGCUGGUACUGUCUGGAGUCCCUGGAUGACGACUUUCUCCUGAUCCACUAUGACAAAGGGCCCUGUCGGAACAAACUGGGCCACUCCAGGGCGUCUGUUAUCUGGCACAGAACACAGGUUGUGGGGAUCUUCGCUGGCUUUGGCCUGCUCCUGCUGGUCGCCUCCCCUUUCCUCCUUCUGGCCACUCCCAUUGUCCUCUGCUGCAAGUGCAAGUGCAGCAAAGGUGAUGACGACCCAUUGCCAACCUAAACACGUCAUCAAAGCUGGAGCAGAGAGCCGCUUCAUGGAUGGGCCAUGUUUUGAUUUCCUUUUCACCCCCUUUUUUUACGUUCUUCUCCUCCCACCAGCUUUGAGUGCUUAAUUUUUUUGGGGGGGCUGAGCCUGCAACAGCCCUGGCCGCUUCGGGAUCCAUCGCUCUGCAUGAGAGAGGCAUGGUAGGAAAGCGACCCUACACCUUGGCCUGAAGAGGGGUGCAGGGUCACAGGUCAGAGGAGGUCAGACACGUCCAAGGGCCACUGUGUCCACGCAUUAGACAUUGGUGUUUUCGGGACGUGGAGGAAGUCUGGGUCACUUCAAGUGGUGCUCAGUCGUGGGCUACCGUAGUGUGGUGUUUUGGCCGGUCACUACAAACGAAGGAAGAAUUCAAGUUAACAAUUGCUUUUCUCUUGUAUGGACAUUAUAAUGCAGGAGCCACUUUUUGAAAGGACUUUUACUUUAUCGCUCUGUUUUCUUUAAAGCUUCCCCCUAACCUCCACCACCACCACCACCACCACCACCACACCCGACGUAGCUCUACAGAUUCAGUCCGUAGCAUUAGAGUUACGCCACGCAUGUUUGGGUGUUCACUCGAUUUGCACACGGAACGUGAUUUUUUUCACAUCAUGUUCACGACUGAGGUGGAGAUGGGAGGCUGUUGUUACUCUCAGCUCAAUGUAUAGCACGUCCUCUUGAUGAUGUCAAUGUUUUAAAACCUGUUGCUUUUAAUAGACCUGUGCUCAGAGUUGUGUCUGUGUUGUAUUUUGAGUGUUUUCCAAACGGUAAGGUACACUUAUUAAAGGGGAUUGCCACUCAAAUUUCAAAACACACUAAUUACCUUUGGUCAAGUGACACUGAAGACUGUUCAACUUUCAGCUCAUGUUUUUCAUUAUUACCAUCUGUCCGAAAUCACUUUCUUUGACACACCUCCGGACAUUUCUUCAAGAGACAGAAACAUUGUGUGCGAAAGAUGUCAUUCAGAUUUCCCAAAUUGAGUGGUACUCCCCUGAAGUUCAACAAUAAUGUAAAGUCUAUUAGAGGACUUUGUAUCCACAUGUUAUGGAACCAUUUUAAUACUACACUAAAAGAGAUCCUCAGUCCCCCAGGUGGUGGUGUAACCAAAUGGAUAUGAAUAGCCUUACAUUGAGAAUAGCCAAAAUCAGGCAUUUCCCCCUGUGCAUUAAGGAGAGUUAAAGUAUAAAAAGAAAAUCCCAGGGAAAGCGUGUUGUCAACAAAGCCCUUUAUAUUCAGAUGAUUCUAUGAUGUCAUCCAUAUGCCACGCUGUCAAUAACCAUACUGUAAAAAACAAAAAGGAAGAAUAAAAACAAACUGCCCUCAACUGAUGUUUUAUGUGACCUCGGUCCUGUAUUCCCUUAGCCUUUUUGAGCCGGAGAGUCACAAACAAUCUGAAGCUCAACUCGUACCAGAUCUCCCCCUCUUUGAGGCUUAAGAAAUACCUGCCCAAAUUGCAAACUUGCAUAUGUAAGUGGUCAGAGUGUCGAUGUUUUGUUCUGUUGGUAGUUAGACCUCCGAUAACAAGCAGCUAUUGCCUGUAACGGGCAUAAGAAAGGUCUAUAGAGUAAAUAUAAAAGAAUGUUCCAUUUUUGGGCACCUAAAUAUGAAGCUGCUCUAUACUAUAUCACUUUAUCUAUGCAAGUUUGUGCAUUUCCAUUUUUAAAAGGCUAUUGAUUGGUCAUAAUCAACUGUAUGCCAAGAGUAGGUUUAUCUGGUGAAAGCUGCAGAAUGUCACCAUAUCCAUAUUUGCAUAUCAUAGCUUUUAUUUGAUUUUUUUAUAGAGUUAUUCGGAAAACUAUCAAUUGUACUUCCAUCUUCUAAGUUGCUCUUAGCUAUCUGCGUUUUAGCUAUAUCUAAAGUGUGUGAGCUUCAAAACCAGAAUGGAGUUCGGCCACUUUUUCUUUAUUAAUAUCCUCAUUUCUUUUGAGGGGAAUCUCAGCUUCACAAAAACAGUUUAUCUAGGAACAAAGGUAAAGCCAUUUAACUAUAAACAAUUUUCUCUCUCAUAAUUUCUUUAUUACCAUGCAUAGCCAUUUGAAUGUUUUGAAUAAGUCAUUUACUACUACUUACUUUCGCCUUUUCUUCUGGUUAUUUGCAAGUGUUUAUGUAGCAUUUCCUGAAAGGUGUGGCGAUCAAAAAAAGUUUAACAUGUAACAACAGUAGCUAAUCUAAACUGAACAUAGCCAAUCUGCAACUCACUCCAGUCCUCGUGAUUUUAGCUCUGACUUUCAGUAUGAUAAUCCUAAUUUUUAGAAGCCUUACAUUAAUUCUACAUGUUACCUAUAGACUCUGUUACUUUCAUUGACCUACUGUAUGAGCAUGAUAAUUUGAUAUCAAAGACAGUCCAAUUUUCUACUUUAGAAGUUUGGUGCUGUGCUUAAAAGAAAAUAGGUAAAUUCUUAAAUGUUAUGUUUUUUUUUUAUGACAAUCGUGCCAAGCAGAUUUCUAGGAAGGGAUAAGGACAGAGCUGUCUACUGUGUGUACAUUUUGCCCAUGUAUUUGUAAUGUAUUAACAGUUUUUAUGGGGUGGGGGAAAAAAAGUAAUGCUUCUUUAUGUAGACGCUGCACUGUAUAUGGGUUUCAUUGUUUUGCUUCUUGAUAUGAUCUGUGAUGUGUGUGGUAUGGUGCCUGCUUUGUUUAACUGAGGAGUUUAGCAGCUGAAAUUAAUGUCUACUCAAUAGAAAAGUCAAUAUACAUAUGGGAGAUUGCAACUGUCCUUUUUCAUUAUGUAAUGUUACCAGGGCUCUGAUAUCACCAGGAUAAAGAUUCAUUUAAACACAAAACUAUCAGCAUCAUCAAAAUCUUGAGCAGGCACAAACUAACUGAAGUCUAAACAAAAUCAUUGCCACUUCCAUUUUUUUGAGACACCAUCCUCCUUUACCUAUGUUUGCUGGCAACUCUGAACAGGUGGAUACUGUAUUAUGCAACGAACAUAAAAGGGCCGAACAGCAAACAUUAGAAUCACUGCAGUGUCUCAUUGCAUAUUGUCUUCUACACUAGAGGCUUGGCAGGGCUCAAUAUAAAGACCUAUAUAACCACUAAAGCAGAUGAAACAUCGGCCAUGGUGUUUGAAUUCAACAGUCUGACCGAGUUAAGGGAUUGCUUCUAAAAUGUGGCACUUGAAUAAGAGGCAAGGUCAAAUCUACGUAUACGCUCAAGAUCUACUUUGCAACUAACCUAAGAUCAAGUUUGAUUACACGCGGUUUUACAACUGUGUUGUGUCGAGAUGAAACUGCAUGAUUUUUCUCUGACUUCUACAUGUUAAAUAUUACGAUAUUGUAGCCUCUAAAGAUCUUUGGAAUGGUAUCAGUCAGCUGCCUGGUUUUUAUUUUUGUUUGGAAAAACAUGUUUUGAUGAUCAGCCAUAUGAUAUACAGCAUUGACCGAUCGACCUUCCUCUAUUCAGCAGGUUGGCUAAAUAUGUUUGUUACUUUUUUGUUUGAUUUUAUUUAUUUUUUUCAUUUUAUACGCCUGUUUUUACAUCAUAGCUUGUGGUAUUUUAAUUAUCGUUUUUUAAGAGCGGAAUCCUUCAGGCCUGAUUGGUCAAUUACAUUUAAAUCAGUCACCUCAGUAAGUGGAUUAUUGUCAAAGGACAUGCUGUCUGUACACCAGACACAUGUAUUUAGAGAUAGCAACCAAUGUCUCUAGUUUAGGUAGUAAUUGAAAGUUAAUUGACCUGGGUGAUGCAAAGAUUUCAACAUUGUAAAAUGGCAUAUUUGGAACGGUUCUGUACAACUACGACAUCUCGGUAUAUCUACAGUUCCUCUAACACUGUGACACCCGGUAUUAAAGGUUGUAGUUUUUUGUGA